CCACGAAAAAAAAAUCAGAAUCACUACUAUAGAACUUAUAUACAAAUGAGAGACUAACAGAAAGAAAGGAAUUAGAAGAAGACUUUCUUGAAGAACAAAUCAGUUCACUUUCUCUGCUUUCUCUCUUCAUCAGGUACUUUUGAAACCCUAGAAAAUUGUUUAAUUUCUGCUGAUUGUUCUAUCUAUAUCCACAAGCGUAUAUUGCGUAUGCAUGUUUGGUUAUAUAUUGGUAUAUAUAUGGUUAGAAUUUGAUAAUGGGGAAAGGAAGACCCAGAGCUGUUGAGAAAGGAGUAUUAGGGCAGAGUUCAACAUCGUCGUCACUAAAUGGGGGAUUUAAUAUACCAUCUGGCCCUGUUUAUCAUCCAACUGAAGAUGAGUUUAAGAAUCCAAUCGAGUUUAUUCAAAAAAUCAGGGCUGAAGCUGAGCCUUAUGGAAUUUGUAAAAUUGUUCCACCAGAGAGCUGGAAGCCACCUUUUGCUCUGGAUUUGAAUUCUUUUACGUUUCCCACGAAAACGCAAGCCCUACAUCAGUUGCAAGCACGAUCUGCGCCGUGUGAUCCUACUACGUUUGAAUUAGAGUAUGAUAGGUUUUUGGAGAGACACGGUGGUAAGAGGUUGAAGAGGAAGAUAAUAUUUGAAGGGGAGGAAUUGGAUUUGUGUAUGCUAUUUAAUGCUGUUAAGCGGUAUGGUGGAUAUGAUAAAGUUGUGAAGGAGAAGAAAUGGGGAAAAGUUGCUUCUUUUGUUUGCUCUGGGAAGAAGGCAUCUGAGUGUGGAAAAUAUGUUCUGUCUCAGUUGUAUCUUGAGCACUUGUAUGACUAUGAGAAAUAUUAUACUGGUUUAAGCAAGGAAAAACAUAAUGUUCCAAAAGGAGAUAUAUUGGAUGAGAAGAUAAGUGAUUACAUUUAUGAAAAAUCGAGUCACAAAAGGAGAAGAAAGAAUCUCAAGGGUGAGAGGAUUGAAGUUUGCAAGACGGAAAAGCAAGAUCUCGAUCAGACAUGUCAACAAUGCAGAAGUGGGUUACAUGGCGAGGUUAUGCUAUUAUGUGACAGGUGUAAUAAGGGUUGGCAUAUUUAUUGUUUGUCGCCACCCUUAAAGCGGAUUCCUCCUGGGAAUUGGUAUUGUUUGGAAUGCACUAGUUCUGAUAAAGAUAUUUUUGGCUUUGUGCCUGGUAAGCAAUAUUCGUUGGAAAGUUUCAGACGAUUGGCUGAUCGAGCAAGGAGAAAGUGGGUUGGUCCUACACCAUCAACGCGGGUCCAACUGGAGAGGAAAUUUUGGGAAAUUGUGGAAGGAUCAGUCGGAGAGGUAGAAGUUAUGUAUGGCAGUGAUUUAGAUACAUCCGUGUUUGGAAGUGGUUUUCCACGUUUAAAUGAUAAAAAGUCACCGUCUGUUGAAGUUGAAGGAGAGGUGUGGGAUAAAUAUAGUACAAGCCCUUGGAAUCUCAAUAAUUUGCCUAAGGUUCAGGGUUCUAUGCUUCGUACUCUUCAUAAUAACAUUGCUGGUGUUAUGGUGCCUUGGCUUUACAUUGGGAUGCUAUUCUCAUCGUUUUGUUGGCAUUUUGAAGACCAUUGUCUCUACUCAAUGAACUAUUUGCACUGGGGAGAGCCGAAGUACUGGUACAGUGUCCCUGGGUGUAAAGCUAGUGAUUUUGAGAAGGUCAUGAGGAAUAGUCUUCCUGAUUUAUUUGACGCUCAACCAGAUCUGUUGUUUCAACUAGUGACCAUGCUCAAUCCAACUGUCCUACAACAAAAUAAGGUUCCUGUUUACAGUGUGCUGCAGGAAUCUGGAAGUUUUGUCAUCACAUUCCCUAGGUCUUACCAUGGAGGCUUUAAUUUUGGCUUAAACUGCGCUGAGGCUGUCAACUUUGCUCCUGCUGACUGGCUGUCCCAUGGUGGUUUUGGAUCAGAACUGUAUCGAUUAUAUCGCAAAGCUGCUGUUUUUUCUCAUGAGGAACUUCUUUAUGCGGUUGCCAAGAGUAGCCUUGAUACCAAUACGUCAAUUUACUUAAAUAAGGAACUAGGAAGAAUUUAUGACAAAGAGGAAACCUGGAGACACUCUCUUUGGAGAAAUGGCAUCUUGAGCUCAUCUCCCAUGUCACCACGGAAACAACCACUGUCUGUUGGUAUGGAAGAGGAUCCUGCAUGUAUCAUAUGCCACCAAUAUUUAUAUCUCUCAGCUGUUAGUUGUCCCUGUAGGCCAUCUGAAUUUGUCUGUCUAGAGCAUUGGGAGCACCUUUGUGAAUGCAGUCCCAGCAGACAUCAGCUUCUUUAUCGUCACACACUGGAAGAAUUGAAUAAUUUGGUGGUAAUAACAGAUCAAAAUGAUCCAAAAUUAGUAAAAGAUGAAGAUUGCAAGAAGCAUGUUUUGUGUGAUUUGAGCAAAAAGGUAAAAGGUGCUCAUGUCACUUUUGCUCAACUCGCAGAAGAAUGGUGUCUUAAUUCAUCUAAGAUACUUCAGAUUCCAUAUUGUCGUGGAACCUAUGUCAAUGCACUAAAAGAAGCUGAACAGUUUCUAUGGGCUGGUUCGGAGAUGAAUUUAGUGCGCCAAAUGGUGGAGAAAUUGGUUGCAGCACAGUCUUGGGCUGAUGGCAUAAAACAUGCUCUCUCUAAAGUGGGAAAAUGGACGAUUAAUCAUAGCCAAGACAAGGAUAAAGUGCAAUUUGACCAUGUCAAUAACUUGCUUAGUUUUGACCCUGUACCAUGCAAUCAGCCUGCUUAUCUUAAAUUAAAGCAUUAUGAACAAGAAGCGAGAGCUCUUACCCAGGAGAUAGAGGCAUUGCUCUCAACAUGCCCAAACACCAGUCUUGCAGAUCUUGAAAGAUUGUAUUCCAAAGUUUGUGACUUACCAAUCCUUUUGAAAGAAAGCGAAAAACUACUUGAUAGGCUGUCUUCAACAAAGAUGUGGGUCGAUAAUGUAAGAAAUUGUAUAUCGGAGAAAUGCCCUGCUGCAGUUGAGGUUGAUACCCUUUAUAAGUUACAGUUGGAGAUGUCAGAUAUAGGUGUUCAAGAUCCUGAAUCUAGCUUGCUUUUGAAUCUGAUAAAGCAAGUAGACACAUGCCGGGCUCAGUGCCGUGAACUACUGAACGGUUCUAUAACCCACAAGAAACUGCAACCUUUUCUGAAGGAAUUGGAUGGUUUCAGUGUUAAUAUUCCAGAGUUGGAACUCUUAAGGAAAAAACACAAUAGUGCUGUAUCAUUGAUUUCCCGCUUUAAGGUUGUUCUAGAUAACAUUCAGGAAAGGGAAGAUCAAGAACAUAUUGUUGAUGAGUUGGACAAUAUUCAGAGAGAGAGAGCAUUACUGGAUGUUGAAGUUGAUGAACUGUCCUGUGUUGAGAUUGAGUUAAAGAAGGCCUGCUGGAGGGUAAAAGCUCUUAAGGUGAUUCGCAGUAAGAUGCCCUUAGAGAUCAUUCAACAACUUAUGAUGGAGGCCACCACACUAGAGAUUGAGAAGGAGCAAUUGUUUGGUAAAAUUUCUGAAGUACUUGCAACUGCUAAAUGUUGGGAAGAAAGAGCAAAACAUAUCCUUGGAAGCAAAGCUCAGAUUUCCGAAUUUGAGGAUGCUCUAAGGAUUUCUGAAGAUAUAAGUGCUACUCUUCCAUCUCUUGAUAAUAUCAAGGAUGCCUUGUCAAUGGCUAAUUCCUGGUUACUCAAGAGUAAAACAUUUUUGAGUUCUGAUAUACCUGCAGUCCCUAGCUCAGCUUCUCUGUUGAAAAUUGAAUGUCUCAAGGAUCUAAUUUCAGAAUCACAGUAUCUGAAGAUAUCUUUGAAAGAACCAUCAAAGCUUCAAGAAAUUUUGAAUAAUUGCGUGCAGUGGGAACAAAAUGCUUCCUUAUUGCUGCAUGAUGCGAUAAGCCUUUUAGAUAUCAAGUGCAUUUCUGAUGGAACUGCCGUUAGUCUGGGUUCAGUAAUUGAAAAGCAUGUUUGUGCAGUGGAAUCCUCCAUAAAUGUUGGUACAUCCCUUGGCUUUGACUUAAGUGGGGUUACAAGGCUCCAAGAAGCUUGUUCUGUUCUUUGCUGGUGCUCCAAAACCCUCUCUUUCUGUUCUAUUUCCCCCAAACUUGAGGAAGUUGAAAUGUUGUUGGCAGCUGCAGAGACUCUUCCAAUAACACAUGUUUCAAGUUCUUUGUUUAACUCAUUGUUUGAAGGGUUAAAAUGGAUAAAGAAAUCCAUUGAGAUUUCUUUUGUAUGCAAUUCUAGAAAGUUCAUGAUUUCUGAUGCCGAAGAAGCUAUCGAGGAAUCUCAGAAACUUAAUGUAUCCUUCCCUUUGAUGGUUGCCCAGCUAGUUAAUGCCAUCAGCAAACACAUUUCAUGGGAGAAGCAAGUGAAAUCAUUCUUCAGCCUAAAGCCUGUUGAUCGAACUUGGAAGGCAUUGUUUGAACUGAAGCAACUUGGAAUUUCUUACGCAUUCAACUGCCCAGAAUUGGACAUGAUUUUUUUGGAGGUACACAAAAUUGAGCUGUGGAAGCAGCAAUGCUGGGAUAUUGCUGGGGAUCCAGCUGGAGAUUCUAGUCUAUUGGUUGCUGCUCUUGCAAAGAUUAUUGUUUCACUUGAUAUAUCGUUGUGCAUAUAUGACAUGUCCAACAGUCCAAAAGCUAGAAAUUCUUGCACGGCAUGUUCCAACAAUAUUGAGAAUAAGGCAUUUUUAUCAUGUUCCAUAUGCAAGCAUUGCUACCAUUUGGAGUGCCUGGGACGAAUUGAUGAUGUUAAAAAUAGUGAAACAUCCUUUAUCUGCACCCAUUGCCCCUUGAUAAUGAGUGGAAAAGUUUGGGCUGUUGUAAAUAAACAUCUGAAAUUACCCGGGACUCGCCCAGACUUCAAUAAGCUUUUUCUUCUUCUAUCAGAGGCCAAAGAUUUACUAUGCAUUGAAGAGAGAAACCUACUUCAGGAUCUUGUGGAGAAAGCUCUUGCAUGCAGAGCUUAUUUAUCGGAAGUAGUGGGAUUUGCAAUAGCUUACCUUGAUAAAGAUCCGGAAGUUGCCGCCGAAAAGUUAGCUACUGCAAUCAAGGCUUUGGAAGUUGCUGGUGUUUAUGAUGAGCAGAGUAACUCCAAACUUGAGCAGGCUCUAGCAAUAAACUCCUGGAGAAUUAGGGCAAACAAGUUAUUGGUAGCUUCGAGGAAGCCCCAAAUAGAAGACAUUAAUAGGCACUUUAAUGAGGGUUUGGAAAUAAGCAUUCUUCCAGAAGAUAGCAUGUGGCGGAGACUUACUGAAGCGAAGAACAUUUCUCUUCAGUGGGCUGACAAGGCUAAGAAGGUUUCAAUGGACUCGGGGGAACUUGAACUCGAUAAAGUGUUCGACCUUAUCUCGGAAGGUGAAAACAUCCCGGUUCACAUGGAAAAGGAACUCAAGUUGUUGAGAGAAAGAAGUAUGCUCUACUGCAUUUGUCGUAAACCUUAUGAUAAAAAACCGAUGAUUGCUUGUGACAAAUGUAACGAAUGGUAUCACUUUUAUUGCAUUAAACUGAUAUUCGUGCCGAAGCUGUACAUCUGCCCAGCCUGUAAGCCUUCUUCAACAGAGCAAGAUCUCGUUUUGUUCCCAACAAAGACAGCAAUUAGAUCAAGAAACGAGCCACAAACACCAACCCCACAAUCGAUGGAACUGAGGAGAAAGCCGAGAAGUUCAAAGUUGUUAAGGUCCAAUAAUAAUUGUAUGAGAGGACAAUUUGGUGAGAUUCGGGAUUUGUUAUGGAAAAACAAGAAGCCAUCUAGAAGGAUGACUAGAAAACGGCUAGACCUUUCCAGCCUUUCACCACUUAAUGUCGACAAUUAGAAUAUCAAAAUUGUUGAUUCAUUUCCAUUCAUAGUUUUUUUUUCUUUUCUUUCUGAAUCUAAUCUCUCCGGUCCGUCCAUUUGCAAUAGCAUAGAAAAUUUUGUUUUUCUGAAUCUUCUUUUGUCUCUGGUACUUUGGUUUUUAACUAUAUUAUUGUUUUUUGAGAUGAA